GGCUGAGGACCGUUUUCAGGCCUGGGUCUGUGCAGCUCUUGUCUGCGCAUGCCUGGAAACGCGUCGGAAUUACGUUCGGUGCGUGACGCCUGCUGGGCCGCCAUACUUGGAUUACGGUAGCUCGCAGAGGACAAACUCACUCUCUUUUCUCGUGUCUCUUCUUCACUCAGAGCGAGCAAGACCUAAGAGAGGCGAUAAAACUAGGUCCAAGCUUGUCCCUCUCCGGCUAUGAGCGGUCUGGUGCGCACCGAGCCGCUGCGCGGGGAGUCCCCACUGCUGGUGCCCGGCGACCCCUACUCUGUGGUGGUUCUGCUGCAGGGCUACGCCGAGCCGGAGGGGGUCGGCGAUGCUGUGCGCGCAGACGGCUCAGUGACCCUUGUCCUGCCCCAGGCCUGGGGCUCGGCCUCCAGCCACCGGGAGCCCCCGCCCGAGGGCUGUGAGGCGAAGACCGCCCUGGAGGAGGCGGCCCGUGGCCCCAUUCUCGUGGACACCGCGGGCCCCUGGGCACGGGAGGCGCUCCUGGGGGCCCUGGCGGGGCAGGGCGUGGCUCCAGGAGACGUGACUCUGGUGGUGGGGACCCACGGACACUCGGACCAUAUCGGGAACCUGGGGCUGUUUCCCGGGGCGGCUCUGCUGGUCUCGCACGACUUCUGCCUCCCCGGGGGCCGCUACCUCCCCCACGGCCUGCGUGAAGAGCAUCCCCUGCGGUUGGGGCCGGGGCUCGAGGUGUGGGCCACGCCGGGCCAUGGUGGUCAGCGGGACGUGAGCGUGGUGGUGGCUGGCACCGCCCUAGGUACCGUAAUGAUAGUGGGCGAUGUGUUUGAACGUGAUGGGGACGAGGACUCGUGGCAGGCGCUGAGCGAAGACCCGGUGACCCAGGAGUAUAGCCGGAAGAGGGUCCUAGGCUCUGCCGACGUGAUCGUUCCUGGUCACGGGGCCCCCUUUAGGGUGAUCAGAGAAGCCUCGCAGCCAGAGACAAAGGGUCUGGGGAACAGCCGGCCUGAACUCCUGGUCGGCGACGAGGAGCCCCUAGUGCACCAAUAAACCUUGGUCUUCCCUGGAUUCCUGUCCGGGAACCCCCUCCCCCUGCCCCAACCCCAGCCAAGGAACGGACAUUCGGGACACGGAGAGGACGUGUCAGAGAGGAUUCAGGGUUGGUCACUUACAGCCCUUCCAGGAAGCCAGUUUUCCAGGGGGGACAGUGCUUUUGCCACUGUAGUCACCAAUAUCACUGUUUCUACGACCAAACUGGGACCAAGGACUGGCUCAGCUGUGUGCCAUCUCUUGGCGCUUCAUUAGUAAAACAGGAGAAUGUUCUUGGGGGAGUCUUCCAAAAUAAAAAAGUAGGAAACUGCAUUGAAAACC